AUGCUGGCUGGCGCCCAGUACAACACCCCCAAUGCACUGCUCUACGCUGGCUGGUGCAGUACUACCAGUGCGCUGACUGGCGCGCACAGGGACGUGACCUUCGGCACGCGCACCUUCGAAGCGAUGGAUUGGGACGGGCAGUCGCCCUUUGCACCAUACAGCCACGGCGGUGACGGGCGGGCGUCGAUGCUGGGACCGGCGCUCGUUGUGAGGCCUGGCCAAACGAUGCACAUCUUUAUGAAGAACGACCUCGGCGACGCGAUGAAGGAGCUGAACGCCACCGGCCAGACGGUCAACUCCCUCUACAACCGCAUCAAGCUCGUGCAGAUGAAGCACCCGGGCGGCGAAGUGCAGCCCUUUGCGCCGAUGAUCAACUACACCGGCCCCGACCUCGACUUCCCCAUCUUGCGCGGCAGCAGGGUGGACAAAGAAGAUAUGGAGAUCAACAACGACAAUAUGGAGGGGUGGGAGACUCACGGGCUCGACGUCUUCAACGCGCGCCGCCUCGGAGAGGCACCUGAAGAGUGGCGAGAGUGCCCUAACCGUGUGGCUCCACACCUAUUCGACCCGAUGGGGACCUCGAAUCCGGCUGCGGAUUGGAUCGGGAUCAAGCCUGACCUCUCCCUCCUCGAGGACCCGCCCGAGGAGUGGGUUGGGAGAAAGGAGCAAUGCUAUUGCUACAAGUACACCGUGGCGGACACGCAGAGCCCGGGUCUCUUCCUGUACCACACCCACCGGCACGGCACCUCGACGAUGCUCACCUGGAGCGGCAUGUUCGGCGUCGUGAUGGUGGGCGAGCCCUCCGCGACCAAGGCGAUGGCCCAGGCCGAGGCAGCGAGCCUCGAGGAGGAGGCGGUGCUCUCGCCCUCGCUCAAGCCUUCGCUCAUCCACGAUCUUGCCGCAAUCUCACGCGACGAGGGGCUCGCCUUUGACGACUCGAACGUGCAGCCCUACGUCAUCUACGACACCUCGUGGCGGCUGGCUCGCGUGCCGUGGGACGAGGCGAUCCUCAACCAACCCGACCUGCCCGACCGGACCAGCGACCUCACCCGCGACGUCAUCUUGACGGACUGGUGGCCCGCUGUUCGAUAUACUACCUAUCUCCACCCCUACCUCGUCAAUGGCCAGUUUCUGCCGACCAUCCACGCACGCGCGGGAGUGCUGACCCUGCUGCGGCUCGCUUGCGUCUCCGCGUCGAAGCUCUGCUCCUUCCACAUUGUCACGUACGAGGAAGGGGCGCCGGGCGAAGCGGGCGCGAGGAGGAAGGCGGUCCCAUUCUACCAGGUCGCCUCGGACGGCAUCUCGUACAAGUCCCCCCGCUGGCGCGACAUCAAGCCCGACCCACAGUAUUACUCCGCAUGCUGCGGCAAGAGCACGGCCUACGCGGCGGCGACCGAUGUGUGCGACGAGUUUGACGCGGCGGAGUCGCCCGACACGUGCGGUAUGGAGGCUUACAUGACUCUUGGGGGCGGUCAGCGCGAGGAUCUGAUCGUGCAGUUCCCAAAGGAGGGAAUGUACUACGUCGAGCAGUGGUCAGAGGCUUUUGACAACGGCAUCAAGCAGUCGCUCGGCACCAUCAACGUGACCGAUGACUGCGGCUACUGCCCAGACGGCUGCACGCCGCGCGACCUGCGCGACUAUACCCUCCACUCGGCGCGCCCCUCCGUGCUCGACGACGACGAUCGACCGAUCGUGAGAGAGCGCGGCCUCAUGUUUAUGACCCAGUACGAUCAAGGGAAAGGCCCAUUCGCCGAGUACGGCAUCGCCGACUACAACGGCGCAGUCUACAAGCCGUACGAGAUCGAUCGCGCUCGCAUGGGUCUAGACGGCGGCACCUGCGAGCUGUGGAAAGUGCGGAGCCCAGACACGAUCCUGCACCCCUUCCACAUCCACGUCAACCCGUUUCAGAUUGUUUCGGUCGUCUCGCUCUUUCCGAAGGCGGAGGCGGUCCGAACGUUCCUUAACGACUACACCCCACCCUUCCUCAAGCAAAACCAGCGCGGCACCUGGCGCGACACGGUGCUCGUGCCUCCGUACGGCGUCGUGACGAUGAAGCUCUGCUUCGACGCGGGCGUGCCGAGGCCGCAUAGGCCGGACACGCCCGCCGUCCCACUAGUGCAGUCCUUCAUCGGUAAGUUUGUCUUCCAUUGCCACUUCCUCAUCCACGAGGACUCGGGGCUGCUCGAGAAUGUAUUCCUCCGCACGCGCGCCUUUGUCCAGCCCGCCAUCGCCAGGCGCGUCAACGAGUCGCGCCUCACGCGUCUGGGCACCGACGGGCGUUGCCCGUGCCUCUCCAUCCCGCCCGACGUGGCGGCGUCGAUGCGCCCGUCGCUGCGGUCGAGCCUGCCCCCAGGCUACCGGGUCGGCGUCGAAUCUGACGAUGUCGGAGCUGGCCGCGCGUCUGCGCGCCGGAGGGCACUUUUCGCGUCGCUGGGCCAGCCGUCCCCGCCCCCAUCGCCACCCGCGCCGCCACCGGGUUGCGUGGUGCCAGAGGCGGCCCUGAUGGCUCGCGUCUCGGUGCACGGGUGCGACAGAUCGUGCUGCCUCUUGCUGUGA